AUGAAGAAAUUCAACAUCAGGAAGGUGCUGGACGGCCUGACAGCCGGCUCUUCUUCGUCGUCGUCCUCACAGCAGCAACUGCAGCAGCAGCAGCAGCAGCAGCUGCCUGGAAGCCGGGAGAACGAAGUGCAGGAGACUCUCCAGUCCGAGCACUUCCAGCUUUGCAAGACUGUUCGACAUGGAUUCCCCUAUCAACCCUCAGCUUUGGCAUUUGAUCCUGUGCAGAAGAUCCUGGCAGUUGGAACUCAGACUGGUGCUUUAAGGCUGUUUGGUCGUCCAGGAGUAGAAUGUUAUUGCCAACAUGACAGUGGUGCUGCAGUAAUACAGCUCCAGUUCCUGAUUAAUGAGGGAGCUCUUGUGAGUGCCUUGGCUGAUGACACCUUACAUUUGUGGAAUUUACGUCAGAAGAGACCUGCCAUAUUGCAUUCACUGAAAUUUAGCAGAGAAAGGAUAACAUUUUGCCAUCUGCCUUUCCAGAGCAAGUGGCUCUAUGUGGGCACAGAAAGAGGUAACAUACAUAUUGUCAAUGUUGAAUCCUUCACACUCUCAGGCUACGUCAUUAUGUGGAAUAAAGCCAUUGAGCUGUCAUCUAAAUCUCACCCAGGACCUGUCGUCCAUAUAAGUGAUAAUCCAAUGGAUGAAGGAAAGCUUUUGAUUGGCUUCGAAUCUGGAACAGUAGCAUUAUGGGACCUCAAAUCAAAGAAAGCAGAUUAUAGGUACACACAUGAUGAGGCUAUCCACUCAGUUGCCUGGCACCAUGAAGGCAAGCAAUUCAUUUGUAGUCAUUCAGAUGGCACUUUGACUAUAUGGAAUGUAAAAUCUCCUACCAAACCUGUACAAACAAUUACUCCACAUGGAAAGCAAUUAAAGGAUGGGAAAAAACCUGAACCAUGCAAACCUAUCCUCAAGGUGGAAUUCAAAACGACUAGAUCUGGGGAACCAUUUAUUAUUCUGUCGGGAGGUUUGUCCUAUGAUACUGUUGGAAGAAGACCUUGUUUAACAGUUAUGCAUGGGAAAAGCACUGCGGUGCUAGAAAUGGACUAUUCAAUUGUUGACUUUCUUACACUUUGUGAAACUCCAUACCCAAAUGAUUUUCAAGAACCAUAUGCUGUGGUUGUCCUUCUGGAAAAAGACUUAGUACUGAUAGACCUUGCACAAAAUGGGUAUCCCAUAUUUGAAAAUCCCUACCCCUUGAGCAUACAUGAAUCUCCUGUUACUUGUUGUGAAUAUUUUGCUGAUUGUCCUGUAGAUGUUAUUCCUGCACUUUAUUCUGUUGGAGCCAGACAGAAACGCCAAGGUUAUAGCAAAAAGGAGUGGCCUAUUAGUGGAGGUAACUGGGGAUUGGGUACUCAGAGUUACCCAGAAAUUAUCAUUACAGGGUAAGAUUCUAAUUUGAAAAAAACGGAAUAUAUGCUUGAAAUAAGACUGUUAUAUGAGAUAAAUGAUGUGGACUCACCUGAGCUUGAACAAGUUCCACCAUUGCCAACACCUGUGGGUGGUUCUAAUCCUCAACCAAUUCCUCCUCAGUCACAUCCAUCAACGAGUAGCAGUUCAUCUGAUGGACUUCGUGAUAAUGUACCAUGUUUAAAGGUUAAAAGCUCUCCUCUCAAGCAGUCUCCAGGGUAUCAGGCAGAGCUAGUUAUUCAGCUUGUGUGGGUAGGUGGAGAACCACCACAACAAAUAACUAGUCUUGCUGUAAAUUCUUCCUAUGGCAUAGUAGUUUUUGGCAAUUGUAAUGGUAUUGCAAUGGUUGACUAUCUCCAGAAAGCUGUGCUUCUCAACCUUGGCACCAUUGAAUUAUAUGGUUCUAAUGAUCCUUAUCGAAGAGAACCCCGAUCACCACGCAAAUCUCGACAACCGUCAGGAGCUGGUCUGUGUGAUAUUAAUGAAGGGACUGUAGUACCAGAGGAUCGUUGCAAGUCACCCACUUCUGGUUCUACGUCGCCAAACAAUUCUGAUGAUGAACAAAAAGUGACUAAUUUUAUAGAAAAGGUGAAGACCAAAAGCAGAAAAUUUUCCAAGAUGGUAGCCAAUGAUAUCGCCAAGAUGUCAAGGAAGUUAAGCUUACCUACAGAGCUGAAGCCUGAUUUAGAUAUAAAAGACAAUUCCUUCAGUCGGUCACGGAGCUCAAGUGUAACCAGUAUUGACAAAGAAUCUCGAGAAGCAAUUUCAGCUCUUCAUUUCUGUGAAACUUAUACACGAAAGACUGAUUCUUCACCUUCCCCAUGUUUAUGGGUUGGGACUACUUUAGGUACAGUGCUUGUCAUUGCAUUGAACAUUCCUCCAGGUGGAGAACAGAGACUCCUUCAGCCAGUAAUUGUAUCUCCAAGUGGUACCAUAUUGAGAUUAAAAGGGGGAAUCCUAAGAAUGGCAUUUCUAGAUAAUACAGGAUGUUUAGUGCCACCAGCAUAUGAACCCUGGAGAGAAUACAAUGUCUCUGAAGAAAAAGAUGAAAAGGAUAAGUUGAAAAAACGGCGACCUGUCUCUGUAUCUCCCUCUUCCUCUCAGGAAAUCAGUGAAAACCAAUAUGCAGUGAUUUGUUCUGAGAAGCAAGCAAAAGUGAUUUCACUGCCAACCCAGAACUGUGCUUAUAAGCAAAAUAUAACAGAGACCUCAUUUGUUCUUCGUGGAGAUAUAGUGGCAUUGAGCAAUAGUAUUUGCCUUGCAUGUUUCUGUGCGAAUGGACAUAUUAUGACAUUCAGUUUGCCAAGUUUAAGACCAUUGUUGGAUGUGUAUUACCUGCCACUUACCAACAUGAGGAUAGCAAGAACAUUCUGCUUCACCAACAAUGGACAAGCAUUAUAUCUUGUCUCACCUACAGAAAUUCAGAGACUCACCUACAGUCAAGAAACUUGUGAAAAUCUACAGGAAAUGUUAGGUGAACUCUUCACUCCUGUAGAAACACCUGAAGCACCAAACAGGGGAUUUUUUAAAGGCUUGUUUGGAGGUGGUGCACAGUCCCUUGACAGAGAAGAACUCUUUGGAGAAUCGGCAUCUGGAAAAGCCUCCAGGAGUCUUGCUCAACAUAUCCCUGGUCCUGGUGGUAUUGAAGGUGUUAAAGGAGCAGCAUCUGGAGUAGUUGGUGAAUUGGCUCGAGCCAGGUUAGCCCUGGAUGAAAGAGGACAGAAACUUGGUGAUCUUGAAGAAAGGACAGCUGCAAUGCUCUCAAGUGCAGAUUCAUUCUCUAAACAUGCUCAUGAGAUGAUGUUGAAGUACAAAGAUAAAAAGUGGUACCAAUUUUGAAAGCCAGAAUCCAGUAAUAUCCAACCUUGUCUGGAAGAGGGGAAGAUCUCUUUUUUCUUUCCAUUAAUUUCUUUUAAGACAGAAUUGAAGGAGAAUUCAUCACUGGAUACUGUUCUUUCCUAGCACAAUCAUGCACUGUUUUACCUCAGUCAUGUGGCUUUAACUGAGGAGUAUUGUAUUUAAAAUGCACAUACAUACAACUGGAGUAUUCAUGUGUGUCCCAGCCAUGAAUUAACAGCUUGAGAAUUGAACAGGUCGCAAAGGACACAUGAAGAGGAAAAGAGAAAAUUGGCACAAAAUGGCAAUGGCAGUCAUGUAUCAGUCCUUUACUAAAAUUUCACAUGCCUAGAGGUUUUGUGCUACUGUAUCAGCCAUCACUGCUGAGUUUCUUUUGAGGAGAGGCAGUAAAUCAGGGAUUCUGGAACUAGAACAGUCAUAUUUGCAUCAUUGAACUGAACUAUUAACAACUGUCAUGAACUUCCCCUUUCCUCAAGUGGAUUGGUCAUCAUUAUCAUUAGUGCAGAAGAAUUAAACUACUACCAUCUGGUGAGACAAAAUUAAAGUAUUGGCUAUUGAUAAUGAAAACAAACAUAGUUUACCUGUGGAUGGGCUAUUCUUGGAUCUUUGUUGUUGUAUUCCUGUAUUCGAGUCCAUAUUCUGUCAAGUACAAAACAAGGAGAUAAAUGACUUUUCAUUGAAAAGUGAAGAGAACAUGAAUGAACUGCUCAUAUUUCUGGAAAUUUCUAUGUAAAAUGGCUAUGCAGUGUGAAAAGUGAAAAACCUCCAUUGUGGUGAGGAGAAUACUUCAAUGUCUGUUGUUUUUGUUCUCAUUAACUCAGCUAACGGUAGUUUUGACCAAAAAAAGUUAAUUGGUUAAAUUUGUAAAAUGUUAAAAUUGGCUAAGGUUUUAAUUUAUGCUUGAAUUUUUUAUAAAAUGUUUAACCAAAUGUACCUUUGCAUCUAUUUAAUUAAAAUUGCUAACAUGGUUUCAUUAUUUCAGUAAAAUGUGCAGCUCCAUAAUUAGCAGGGGGCCCUUUAUUUGCUACCAGUACACUCAGGUGAUGAGCCAGUUAAAACUUACUGCACAUAUUAUCACAAUGAAAAUACCAAGCAUCUAGUGUCAAUAAUUAACUAUAUAUGAAUCUAUCUGAUGACCUAUUUUCUGUAGAAUUAAUAUAUUAUAAAUCUGUACAUGUCCUUUCAAAAAUUUAAUGAGCCAAAAGAGAAGAAAAUGUACAUUUUGGUAACUAAAUUAUUAUUUCCAGUACUAGAGUCUCAUACCAAAUAAGACCUGUAAUGAAAAAUUAAGUACUGAUUUCCCAGUAUAGCAUUAGGACUAGAAAGAAUUAACUGAUUAAACUUGGAAGCAAUCUCACAUUAUUAAUAUAAACUUAAUAUUGCGAGAUUCUCAACUGCUCAGUUAAAGAAGUACAUAA